AGCACUGAGCUCCGUCGUCUUGCCCACAGCUGCCCGCCCUGGCCACCGCCCGGACCCUCACCCGUCUCAGCCAUGGCUGCGCUACCUCUCUCCUGGCUGCUGCGCUUGGCCGCCCUCUGCCAUCUGACCACACUGCUGGCCGGUGAGUGGGGCCUGGACUCCGGACAGCAUCAUGGUGUGACGAAAUGCAACAUCACGUGCAGCAAGAUGACCUCGGAGAUACCCGUGGUUCGGCUCAUCCGCUAUCAACAUAACCAGGAGUCCUGUGGCAAACGUGCCAUCGUUUUCGAGACCAAAUUGCACAAAUUCUUCUGUGCUGACCCAAAGGAGAAAUGGGUGCAAGAUGCUAUGGAGCACCUAGACCGCCGGGCUGCUGCUCCAACUCACAACGGCGGCAAGUUUGAGAAGCGAAUUGACCCGGUGAAGCCCUGGACCACCCCGACGACCAGGGGAGUGUACAAGUCCGCAGUCUCAGAGCUCGAAGCCACAGGAGAAAGCAGUCAUCUGAAGCUGACUCCUUCUUCCCAGGAGGCAUGGAAUGCUUUGGGGACUUCCCCAGAGCUGCCAGCAGAAGUGUCUGGCUCCUUGGGGACCGGGUUGCCCCCCACUUCAAAGGCUCGGGUUGGAGGCACUGUGGGCACUGAGCUUUACAACACAGCUGCCGUCUUCACUGCUAUAGCUUGGCAGAGUUCUACCGCCUCCCAACCUGAGUCUGGCCUCUGGGCUGAGGGAACGACCCCUGAGGCUCCCUCCACUCAGGCCCCCUCCACCGAACCCUCUUCCACCCAGGCCCCCACCGCCUCCCACUCAGCCCCAGAGGAGAACGUUGGGUCUGAAGGCCAACCUGUGUGGGUCACAGGGCAGACCCCCAGUCCAGAGAACUCUCUCAGGCCCGAGGAGAUGGGUCCUAUUCCAGCUCACACAGAUGCUUUCCAGGACUGGGGAGCUGACAGCAUGGCCCAUGUUUCUGUGAUUCCUGUCUCCUCUGAGGGAAUCCCCAGCAGGGAGCCAGUGGCCUCAGGCAGUUGGACCCCCAAGGUUGAGGAGCCCAUCCACGCCACUGUGGACCCUCAGAGACUGAGUGUCCUUAUCACCCCAGUCCCCGAUGCCCAGGCGGCCACCCGGAGGCAGGCAGUGGGGCUGUUGGCCUUCCUAGGCCUCCUCUUCUGCCUGGGGGUGGCCAUGUUUGCCUACCAGAGCCUCCAGGGCUGCCCCCGUAAGAUGGCAGGGGAGAUGGUGGAAGGUCUUCGCUAUGUUCCCCGGAGCUGUGGCAGUAACUCGUAUGUCCUGGUGCCAGUGUGAGCUGCCCCCUACCUGCGUCCAGUUGUUUGACUCAGACAGCUGCCUGGGGCCCUGCAUCCUCAUACCCACCCUCCCCCAAGGGCCUGGCCUGAGCUGGGGUGGUCGGAGCAGGGAGGUGGGAACCUCUGGUGUAACUGCUCCAAGCCCCAGGCACGUCCCAGGAGGCCAGCCUUGACCACUCUCAACCUACUGGGGACAAAGGGGGUGGCCUCCCAGCUCAUCCCGAUGCGAAAACUCUCCUCUGCUGCUGGCUGGUUAGAGGUUCCCUUUGACACCCUCCCAGCCCCAAUGGACACUUAUUUAUUGAAUGCCCAGCCUCCUCUGACCCAUGCCUUCCUGUGAGGACCACGGUCCUUCCAUCUCACAAGUGAGCACCAGGCCAGGCCCCAUGCCCGCUCCCUCUGACCUCAUCAUGUCUCUUGGUCCUGCUGCAGUCGCCAGUCACCCCGGCCACCUGCGGUGCUAUCACCCCCCCUCCCUCUGUACAGAGUCCAUGCCCCAACUGAUGACGUGUCUUUUCUUGCAUGAGGCUAAUGUGGUGUUUCCUGGGGCCGCUCCCUGAUGGCUGUGCCCCCAGUCAGGCAUCGUGAGAAGGGGAGAUCAAGCUAUCUGGUGGCCUUGAUACCUGGUGGCUUUCCUCCUCAGCCUGCGCUGUUCAGUGAAGGAACAUCGACUUCGAGUCUGAAGGCUGGCCCUUGGCCCAGGUCCACUAUCAAGCCACAAGGCAAUCUUACCUGUGAAAGAAAGGAAGUAGGGCAAAUAUGUGGCAAUACCUGCACCCCUGAUGUCACUAAUGGACCCCGAGACCCUUUCCCCAGCCUCUGGAUGCAGCCUCGUGGUUUCUUCAACAGAGUGCCCUGGACAGUCACUGUCCGUGGAUCAGACUGGUCUUUGUGACCCGCAUGGCCUGUCCAGGAGUAAGCUGACAGUGGGGGUCCUUGUAGGGCCCCAAACAGGUCUGGGCAGAGUAGAGACUAACUUUGAAGGGCCUUCCCAGUUUCAGCCACUGAGACAGCUGUGCUCUGCCCCCCAUAGGGGCAGGUGUGGGAGGGGGGAGGGCUGGGGGCACAUGUGAAGGAGCCAAGGACAGGCUCCAGGAUCAGCCACACUCUUUAUGCUGCUGUAGGGACUUGUGCAGGCACCAGGCCCCGUGUCCCCUGCAGUCCCAUACACCUCGGGUUUUUUCCUGUGGCCUGGGUUCCCCUUCCACCUCUCUUAAUCCCUGAAAAUACCGUACUUUGCGCUCCAAGACCUUCUCCCCUUGUCUCUGCCCCCACCGCAGGCAGGGUCAGGGAUUUCCGUGAUGUUUUCCAUGAGUCCCAAGUUUUUUCUCAAAGGGACUCUGCCCGGGGAGGGGAAGUUGUGGGCAUAAAGUCGGGGGUGCCAGACCUCUUUGUCUGCUGAAGUCUCAGGCAUGCCUGAAUGGGUCAGAGCUGACUGUGCUGGCCAGCGCCCACAGUCAGAGCUGGACCUGCAGGCCUGGCCCCUCAGGAUCCCUGGUGGCAGCUCACCCUUCCUCAGAUUGUCCCCAAGGGUGACCCGCCACCUGGGGAGUCUUUCAUGGGUUGGGCUCCACCCAGGUGCCAACCACACACUCCUUCACAGAUGGGUGCUCAGAAGAAGAAAACAAGCGCUGGCCCAUGGAGAGGGAAUCCGUGCCACCCUGCCCACCUGUACCCCUGCAGGGCACAGCACAAUGUGUGGGAAGCUCCAGGCCUGGCUCAUGUGGGGGUCAAUCUGGAGGCUUGGAGCGGGCGAGAGCAGGUCUGAAUGCACUUUGUUUUGGCUCCUCCAGGCUGGAAGAGCCUUCAAGGGGUGGGACACCCAAUGACGGGCACCCUUCCCCAUGAGGAAGCUGCUGGGGCAGUGGGCCCCCUCUUAAGGACAUUGCAAGUUCCUCCAGGACAUGGACAAGAUCGAUCUGGGGAAGACCUGGAAAGAGUAGAUUGAUCCUUUUACUUUUCCAACCCUCAUCAUCAAUGUCUGUGCCAUUUUGUAUUUUACUAAUAAAAUUUAAAAGUCUUGUGAAUCAAA